AAUCACUGGCUAACAAGUGGCUCAACAAGUAGUAUAUGACUUGACUGUUGACUCUUCAGUUGUUCAUAAUGGAGAAAACUAGACUGUUGGAGACACAGAAGGAAACAGAAGAGGCUAUUGCUAUUAUGAGAGAUAAUGCAAACGCACUUAUUGCAAGAGAUGAAAAACUCGAGGAAUUGGAAAAACGAUCGUGUAACAUAAAGGAAGAUGCAGCAAUGUUUAAAAAAAACGCUACUGGUAUCGCUCGUAAAAUGUGGUGGAAAAAUAAGAAGAUGUGUGUUAUACUUUGGGUGGUUGUUGUCGUUAUUAUCGCUGCUGUAGUUGUUUGGUUUGCUGCCAUAAAGUAAGAUAUGACAUCAUAAUUUUGUGUAUUGUACAUUGUGGACAGAUUUGGCUGAUGUACGCGCAUAAUUCAAAUUUAAAAAAAUAUAUAAAGACGCUAUGAAAUGCACCUCUACCCCUAAAAUACAAGAAUUUUGAUGAAGAUUUCAAAUACUGUAAAGGGUGUGUUAACUGAAUUUUGCGUGCAUGCAUUUGCAGUGUGAAAUGAUGACAUUCAUUUAAUAAAAUAGUCUCCGGCUGACUGCUUUGUCACUGCAUUAGGUCUAUUGGAUUGCUAUUGAUUUCUGCGUCUUUGAAUACCAAACUUGUGUCAUUAAUAAGACAUUAAAAGAGUAUUUUAAUCUUCUUUCUAUCUAUUAGUAUCAAGAAAGCAAAU